AUGGCUACCCUCAGCGAUCUCAAACUCGAAGGCAGCAUUCUCACCCCCGCGGAUGAAGGCUAUGCCGCCGCAAUCCACCGUAGCACCGAUCUAGCCAUCAGAAAAGCAGCAUACGUCGGGCUCCCCACCUCGUAUGCCGACGUGCCGAAGCUCAUCGCCUUCGCGCUCGCUAACCGUCUUGAACUCGCCAUUAAAGGGGGUGGGAGCAACAUAAACGAUACCGGGGCAUCUUCCUCUGAGGGUGGACUUGUGAUCGAUCUUGCCAAGCUCAACAAGGUAGAGGUACGAUCAAAUCGACAAGAGGUUGUCGUGCAAGGCGGCGCACUUUGGGGCGAUGUGUAUCAGGAAGCCGCAAAACAUCAGGUCGACGUGGUUGGAGGGAACGUAUGGAGCGUCGGAGUCGGGGGUUUCUUGACAGGUGGAGGGCAUUCGAACCUCAGUGCGGUUCGCGGGCUGGGGAGCGACAAUAUUGUCGAGGCUACAGUGGCGCUCGCUGAUGGACGGAUCGUGAAAACAAACCCAAAUCAAGAACCCGAUUUGUUUUGGGCCAUCCAAGGCAAGUGUGGGACUAGUCGGUUUGGCGUUGUGCUUGAAUUCGUGCUCCGUGCCUAUCCUACUCAAGGCCCUGCCAACGUUGGAGCAGUCGUACUGCCUGGCACGGCGUUUGACGGUGUCUUGGCAGCUUUGGAGGAAUGUGCUCCAUUGAUCGAACCGCAAGAUCGCAUCAUCGUCGCAUUCAGCCGUGCUCCUCCUGGUUUUUACCCUGGGGUCCUCAUUCUUCCAUACAUUCCAGGACCCGCCUCGCGCGCUGAGACCCUCCUCAAGCCGUUCCGUGCGCUCAACCCCAUCGUCGACAUGAUACAGGCUGCGCAGGACCAGUUCACCGUCUCGCACGGCUCGGAUGCAUUCAUGGCGAACGCGCCCCGUCGCGUGUACCUCGCGGGUUCGCUACUUCACGGUGGUCCUGCGGGAUAUUCCCGCGAGCUGUUCGCCGAUGUGUGGGGGCGCUGGGUCAAGUGGACCAGCGAGCACGAGGAGGCAAAGGAGUCUAUGGUUAUGUUCGAGUUCCAGCCUGUCGGCGUCGUGAAGGACAAGGGUCCGAGUGUGGCUGCGUUCUCAAAGCGCGACACUGUGAGCUACGUUGUGAUUCAUGGCAGAACUCGCGUUCCUGAGUUUGACAAGGCAAAUAUAGGGUGGGUGCGAGAGACGGUUGAUGUCAUCCGCUCAAAGCAGCCCGACGGAGGCGCUAUCCCUAACUUUGCCUACGGCGACGAGCCUGCUGAAGUACUGUUCGGCCCUGAGAACGCCAAGAGGCUCAAGGAAGUCAAAGAUAGGUAUGAUCCUGACGGUGUUUGGAAGAAGGGUGUCAGGAUUUAGGUCGGCCUGAGUCCUCCCUGUCAAUUAUAGUGAAAGAGAAGCAUAUGGUGGAAAGGGUUGUACUGCUGUACGAGUACGUCGGACUUGUGGAUUGGUUGUAAAGAGGCAAAUCAACCUACUGUGCAGUCUCCGUUAGUCAAUUGCCCUGUGAUCGUUUUCAGAGAAGAAUAUGAAUCCUUGCGAUGUAUUGAUG